AAACCCUCCUCCCUCCCCGGCCAGCCGCGCCUCCGCAGCCACAGCUGAUGAUGUCCAAUGCUACGGAACUUAGCUAACAGCUAGCGGUGUAGCGACGUUUAAAUGUCUACGAAGGUGUUAGCUGGCCGUCGUGUGAAUGUGCUGUUUAUAGGGUUCAGCAAAGGUGUGUUGAGAAAUAUAGACGUGAAUGUUUAUGUGCCCCUGUGCUUCACCAGCUUUUAAGUACCGCGUGUAGCUCAAUGCUACUCACGUUAGCUUGCUUGUGUAGUUUGACAGUAGGAUCAGUGGAGAGUCCAGCUAACCGGGCUAACAGCUAGCUGGUUAGCUACAACACAGUUAGCUAGUUAGCUGUCUGUUUUGUUAACUAACUUUACUUUGGUCUGGCUCGACUAAGUGUAAAUGCUGCAGUUUUUCCAGUGGUAACGACCUAUGCCAGCCCUGGAUGAGAACUGGACCCGAGCCUUGGGCUGUAUAUGAUGUUCAGAACUUUUUUUCUUUCCAUCACCUGACCCCUCCCGGCCCAUUUACCCUCCAUUAUUACUCCCAAACCAAUCCCACAUCUCUGCUUGGCAACAGUAUGAUAGGUUCACGCUGACCCCACCCAGCCCUCUGGGACAAGAAUAUCCCAAAACCAAGCUCUCCAAAUGAUAUGAUAGUAGCCACCUGGAUCACUUUUUGUGCUUGCAGGAGCCUCGCAAGGGUUCUGCUCUUCCUUUCCUCCUCAAACUCCCUUACUCCAUUCAGGGAGACCCUUGCCAGUGUGGUCUACGGCACUGGAACCAUGGGUAAUAGCUGCGUAUGCCGGGAGGAUAGUGACUUGGAGGAUCAUCACCAUGGGACGUCGAGGGCAACCCGAGGACAGGCUAGGCGGGUGGAUCACGGUACAGGCGUAGGCGUUGAUGCUGGAGAGGUGCGGAGCAGUAGACCCAGGGACCCGGUCAGGCCACCGCGCCGAGGCAGAGGUCCCCAUGAGCCGAGACGGAAGAAGCAGAACGUGGAUGGCCUGGUGCUGGACACAUUGGCUGUCAUCAGGACACUGGUAGACAAUGACCAAGAGCCCCCUUACUCCAUGAUCACUUUGCACGAGAUGGCAGAGACAGAUGAUGGCUGGCUGGAGGUUGUCCAGUCUCUGAUUCGAGUGAUCCCAUUGGACGAUCCGCUUGGCCCUGCAGUGAUAACCCUUCUGUUGGAUGAGUGUCCCCUGCCCACCAAGGAUGCUCUCCAGAAACUGUCCGACAUGUUGAGUCUGAGUUCGGCUGUAGCACGACAGGACGCUCUAAUCCCUGCUAAACACAGAAACACAACAGCUGUCCUCGGAUGCCUGGCAGAGAAACUGGCUGGUCCGGCUAGUAUUGGAUUGUUGAGCCCUGGAACCCUUGAGUACCUUCUAGAGAGCCUGAGCUCUGAGGCCCACCCGACUGUCAUGCUGUUUGCUCUCAUCGCUUUGGAGAAGUUCUCCCAGACCAGUGAGAACAAACUGACAGUGUCUGAGUCUUGUAUCAGCAAUCGACUCGCUGUCCUGGAGUCGUGGGCAGAGCAGCCUGACUACCUGAAGAGGCAGGUCGGAUUCUGCUCUCAGUGGAGCCUCGACAACUUGUUCCUAAAGGAUGGUCGUCAGUUCACCUACGAGAAGGUCAACCUCGCCAAUAUCAACGCCAUGCUCAACAGCAAUGAUGUCAGCGAGUACCUCAAGAUCUCCCCUACUGGACUAGAGGCCCGAUGUGACGCCUCGUCCUUUGAGAGCGUGCGUUGCACAUUCUGCGUGGAUUCAGGCAUUUGGUACUACGAGGUGACGGUCGUUACAUCGGGCGUGAUGCAAAUCGGAUGGGCCACCAAGGACAGCAAGUUCCUCAACCAUGAGGGUUACGGGAUAGGAGACGAUGAAUAUUCAUGUGCGUAUGAUGGCUGCAGGCAGCUGAUCUGGUACAACGCUCGCAGUAAACCUCACUCUCACCCCUGCUGGAAGGAGGGAGAUGCCAUUGGCUUCCUGUUGGACCUCAGCAAGAAGCAGAUGAUCUUCUAUCUGAACGGACACCAGCUGCCGCCAGAGAAACAGGUCUUCUCCUCGGCCACGUCCGGUUUCUUUGCGGCAGCCAGCUUUAUGUCAUACCAGCAGUGCGAGUUUAACUUUGGGGCCAAGCCUUUCCGUCACCCACCCUCUGUCAAGUUCAGCACCUUCAAUGAUUUUGCUUCACUGCUGCCCAGUGAAAAGAUCAUCCUGCCCAGACACCGGCGUCUAGCCUUACUAAAGCAGGUUAGCAUCCGAGACAACUGCUGCACGCUGUGUUGUGACGUCAUGGCUGACACGGAGCUGCGGCCCUGUGGACAUGGUGGUAUGUGUAUGGAGUGUGCCUUACAGUUAGAGACGUGCCCCCUGUGCCGGCAGGACAUCCAGACCCGCGUCAGACUCAUUGCACAUGUCUCCUGACAAACCUCCUGCCCCUUCUCCAAUAAGGAGGGACGCACAAGCCCUACAGCCUCCUCCUCCUCUGAUCCCCUCUCACCCAGCAGGGCUGGAUCGGCGCCGCCACAAUGUUGUGAUGAUACCACAACUGUGACUUCUGGUCGGAGUAAGCGACGAUGGAGGGACGGAGAGAAGAAAAAGAGGAGAUGAGAGGAGGGGAAAUGUACCACAGCUGGGUCACCAGGAGCUUUCUCUCAUGUACCUACUUCACCUCUUUUGUAUCCUUCUGACAACUCGCUGCAGAAGCUGGGAAAGGAAUCGUCAACUUUCUACCAACAGUGUGUGUUUCAGACAAAGAGCAGAAGGGAGGAGCAGAAACAAUUUAACGAGAUUAAAGACGGAACCAACCUCUUAUCUGCAAGCCCCUGCCUAGAGUUAUUAGACAUCCUUUCUAUGAUAUGAGGAUCCCACUGCGCUUUCAGCCCAGAGGCUACUACUAUUUAAUCCCAUCAUCGUCAUGCACACGUCUGCAGAUCUGAAAGGGCUGGGUGGCAGAAAAGAGUACAGCCUGUAGUUCACUAUUAAACCCAAGGUACAGAUACAUUUGAGAUAGUCUCACUUUCAUGUUUUUGGGUAUAGAUAUGCGAAUGAUGGUGUUCUCGAGGUAGCAUUUUUAUUCUCAAGGUUAUACCAACACCUAUCCUUCGGUCAGCUUCACUGUCCGUACUGAUUGAUCGCCCACUGGUAGAGUUUGAAAAAAGACCUCAUUGGUUAAAAUAUCAGAUAUUGCUCUUGGUGUCAUAAAGCUUUAAAGUUGCCGAAUUAUUCCAAGAGUUUUCUGGUUCAGUUUACAAUGUAAAACUAAAUCCUGUGUUGGAUCAGAGUACGUUGAUGACAAAAUUAUUGUCUUAAAACGAGUAGAAAAAACUACUUGAAUCUGUAUUGGAAGUCAUUUUAAGCACGGCUGACCCUGCUGCUUUUUGUGCUUUAUUGUCUUUGCUCAGAUGUUAUUUCCUCCGUCUUUGUCAUGUCUGUGACAACCACAACAAAUAAAUACACAAAGUCUGGAAUUUAUAGAGAGUUAAUCUUUCAUUGAAAUCCAUCGGUUUUCUCUCCCAAUUAUAAGUGCUUAUGUUUAAGGACCCAGUGAGAGAGAAAUAUACAAUUACAUUUGGAAUUGCUUGAUUGAUGCUAACAAUUUGGCAAUGACUUGUAAUGCAGCUUCACCCUGAGUCAGGCUCAGUUGAGGGGCAGCAUAAGUAAAUAUGUCUUAAUUUGUUUGUAAUGACAAACGUGCGUCUGCAUUAAGGCGACUUUUUUCAAUCAUCAGAAUGCGAUUUAAUUUUGUAUUAUAAAUGAUGGUGAACGCUGAUGUAGAAACUUGACAGUGUUGUAUUAGCGGAUCAGUAAAUUGUUUAAAACAAAUGUGAAAUGUUUAAGUGAAUCGUUUUUCCUCAAUAUCAGUUUACUAAAUAUCCCAGGGUCAUUCUUAAGAUGUUGUCAUUCUGGGUCUGAUUUGGCAGUGAAAUACUUGAUGUGAAUUAGCAAAGAAAGUACACACAACGCAGUGACGUUACCUAAAGAGUGUGGGCUUCAGUACAGAAUGUUUUAUUUUAUUUAUGUUGUUACCAAUCACAGCAUAAAGAGUAAAUCUUUUGGAAGCGUGUCGUCCAAUAUAUCUAUCAGACUGAGUCAAAUGUGGUUGCCCUCUUUGUGCUUUAUAUAACAUGGCACAUCUCUGCUCUCGUUUAGCCAUUUCUCCAUCUUUGUCCCUGUCUUCAUAAACCUCAUGUUUUCUUUCUGUCCAUCUUUUACUUGAAGAAUCUCUGGGUUGACUGAAUGACAUUUGUAUUUUGGAAACGGGUGAUGAAAUAUGAGAGAUUGUGUUUCAAGAAAAACUAUUUGUACAAUUACAAAACUCAAUGACACUUCAAAUUAUCAUACUGAAUAAUUUAGGAUUUAUUUUGGUCAAAUUGUUUAUGAAAGAGUUACUUCUCCACCAAAUAGCAUGAACACAAUCUUUUAAAUCAUUCAGACUAUACUGGAAUGAUUUCUAAAGGGUAACCUGCAUCUCUCAGUAGGUCAAAAGACUGGUCUGGUCACUGUUUGCUAUCUUGUAUUUCCUGGAGCACCUUAUACUGUACAUGCAGGUGAGAGAAAUUAAACGUUGUCUCUACGGUUGGAGAUGAAGUUCAGGAUUGUAUAGAAUAAGUUGUGGGUUGUAUUUAAAACAUCUAAAAUGGAAUUUUGCCCCAGAGUUCCCAAAGAUGUGACUGAAAAAUUGUUGUUUCCUGGAUUGUUAUUUGUAAUAAAUGUAUGUUCAUGUGA